UAAGCAUUCAAAGUAAUAUUUGUGUCAAACAGCAACUUUUGACAAAUACUGUCAAAGAACCGCAAAAGUGUUUAAUCAUUUCGCUUGUGGUAAAUUUUGUGCAAAUUGUUUGUUUCACUUUUUGAAAAUUAAUUAAUAAUAUGUUUCUUACACGUUCCGAAUAUGAUCGCGGUGUAAAUACAUUCUCACCGGAGGGACGCCUUUUCCAAGUUGAAUAUGCCAUCGAAGCCAUUAAAUUGGGUUCAACUGCCAUCGGUAUUUGUACUUCAGAAGGAGUCGUGCUGGCUGUGGAAAAACGCAUAACGUCACCUUUGAUGGUGCCAAAUACUGUGGAAAAGAUUGUGGAAGUCGACAAACACAUUGGUUGCGCUACAUCUGGACUUAUGGCUGAUGCACGUACUUUAAUAGAAAGAGCUAGAGUAGAGUGUCAAAAUCAUUGGUUCGUUUAUAAUGAACUCAUGUCGAUUGAAUCGUGUGCGCAAGCUGUUUCAGCUUUGGCAAUUCAAUUUGGUGAUAGUGGGGAUGGUGGCUCAGCUAUGAGUCGUCCAUUUGGCGUGGCUAUACUAUUUGCAGGCAUUGAAGAUGGUAAACCUCAACUAUGGCAUAUGGAUCCUUCUGGCACGUACAUUCGUUAUGGAGCAAAAGCAAUUGGAUCGGGAAGUGAAGGAGCUCAACAAAAUUUACAAGAUAACUUCACAGCCGAAAUGACUCUAAAUGAUGCAAUUAAUUUGUCUUUGAAUACUCUAAAACAAGUUAUGGAAGAAAAACUUAAUUCCACAAAUGUUGAGGUGAUGACCAUGACUCCGGAGAAACUCUUCCGUAUGCAUACCAAAGAAGAGGUGGAGGAAAUUAUAACCAACUUGGCUUAACCGGUGUUUAUCUAUAAGUUUAGUAAUUGCUAAUUUUUUCAUUUUGCUAUAGAAUUUGUAAAACAGAAUCUAACAUAAUAAACGGAAGUUUGAAACUAAAA